AUGGCUCGCAAGAACUUCAUUAUCCUCUUUGUCCUGCUUCUUGUUAUUGCCAUUCCUAACAUAGAAGCUGGUGAAGAUGUUCCAAAAACAAUAGAGAAGAAAAUAGACAUAGUGGUGGAAGCUAUGGUGUAUUGCCAGAGCUGUGAGCACUUUGGAACCAGGUCAUUGACUGGAGCCAAGCCCGUUCCUUCGGCCAAAGUAAGUGUUACCUGCGAAAACCACAAAGCUCAACCAAGCUACUAUAAGGUCUUUGAGACAGACAAAAAGGGUUACGUAUAUGCUGCACUUGAAGGGUUCAAGAUGCAGCACUAUAUACUAGAUCAUCCCCUUCAAUCUUGUUAUGUGAAGCUUGUAUGGUCUCCUCUUGAAAGUUGCAACCUUCUCUCGAAUGUUAACUAUGAUCUCAAUGGGGCUCCACUUCGUUACGAGAACAGGAGAUUACAUGGAAGUAAUUACGAGGCAGUCUUCUACGCUGCUGGUCCCUUGGCUUUUCGUCCCUCUGAUUGCUCUAACAAUACUACUCACAAUUAA